UUAGAGUAAGUGAAUAAUAUCCCCAAACUGAAUAGAAGAAAGUCGACUCCUCUUACAAGUUUCCAAAUGAAAAAAAAGAAAAAAAGAAAAAAGUCAUCCUGCAGAAAAUCACAAUAAAAAAUUAUUGGUGGACAAUCAAGAAAACCGAGUGGUCAGUAACUGCAUGGAGACACACAUAUGUCAUGAAUGCACGAUUAUCCGCCACCGCCACCACUACAAUGCCUCAUCAACACCCUCGCCGCCCCUCAUGGAAGCAAGUCAGCCCAUUAUUUGUGCAAGGUCUUUGUAGUCUGCGCGCUCAGCAGUCUGUCUCGGGUAUAAAGUGUGGCUUCGCUCCAUUGGGAGACAGUGCCGACCCGCUCUCACCGACACAACACCUCCAGCCAUGCUCAGACUCGUGUCUUUGGUGUGCCUUCUGGCCUCUGCCGCCCUCGCCCUUCCGGGAGGAUACGGAGGUGGACAUGGUGGAAUUAACCUCGGCGGUGGCGGCGGACACGCUGCUGUCUUUUUCGGUGCCGGCGGCCAUGGCGGAGGACACGGUGGCGGAUAUGGUGGCGGCCACGGCGGCGGCUAUGGUGGCGGAUAUGGCUACGCUAGGCCCACCCCUUACGCUUUCGACUACGGCGUCUCUGCUGGGUACACAAACUUCGGCCACAGCGAGAAGGGCAACGGCCACGGAGGCGUGACCGGCGGCUACUGGGUAAACCUUCCCGACGGCCGCGUGCAGAGGGUGUCCUACGUAGCUGACUACGGUGGCUUCCGCCCAGUGGUGUCCUACUCUGGCAAGGCCCACUACCCAGCAAGCUACGGAUACGGCCAUGGCGGCGGCUACCACUGAAAACGCAACCCACCGCAAGACGCCAUGGGAGAGAUGGGGUUUUCAAUGUAAAUGACAGGCACUGAUAUAAAUAAACACGAGUAAUAUUUUAUUGUAGAGUUUCUCGCAUGUUAUCAUGCCAUCCUGACGUGGCUUAGGUCUAAUUCUCAGCAAUAAAUUGGUGAAUUCAUACAAAUAGUAGUUUGAAUGUCAAUUUACUUUUUAUUUCCUUGUUAGCAGAGGUUCCAUCAUCAUCGGUAGACUCUUGGAAACAGAUUAAACCACUAAUUUCUUCCAUAUCUAUUUAAGCAAAAUUUAGAGAGUAUUACCUGUUAUGAGAUUGGUUGACACACGUUGUAUGUACAACUUAGUACUUACUCGUAAUAUAUAUUUAGCCUUUAUGGGCACAUUUCCUCCCUUUAAGAUGUUAUAAUUCUU